CUGACAACGUAGCCUUACGGGGAGUUUGAACGAACUGCUAAGUUGCCAACGUCACCGUAUCACUCAUUGAAUAGAGUCGGACUUUUAAGAACUGUCAAAUUCAAGUUCUUCCUAAUUCCUUCUUGUUUUUGUUUAAAUUACUACAUUCAGAAGCCUGUGCGAUGGGUGGUCUUCUCAGUUAUUUUCGUAGCUUAAUCGGUAGCCGAGAAAUGAGGAUCUUGAUUUUGGGACUUGAUGGUGCGGGGAAAACUACUAUUCUUUACAGGUUACAAGUCGGGGAAGUUGUGACCACCAUUCCCACAAUUGGUUUCAAUGUUGAGCAGGUCACUUAUAAAAACUUGAAAUUUCAAGUCUGGGAUCUUGGAGGGCAAACAAGCAUAAGACCCUAUUGGAGGUGUUACUAUUCCAACACUGACGCCAUUAUUUAUGUUGUUGACUCUGUUGAUAAGGACAGAAUAGGAAUAUCUAAACAAGAACUUGUUUCAAUGCUAGAGGAAGAGGAACUGAAAGGAGCUAUCCUAGCAGUCCUUGCAAAUAAACAGGAUAUGGAAGGUGCCAUGAGUGUAGCAGAAGUGCAUCAAGCCUUAGGUUUAGACUUGCUCAGGAACAGAACUUUUCAGAUAUUCAAAACUUCUGCAAUCAAAGGAGAAGGGUUGGACCAAGCAAUGGAUUGGCUAUCCAAUGCACUGCAGAGCCGUAAAUAACGCUCUUCGCUUUUUCUCUACCAUGUAAAUGCUUUGGUUCCCUAAUUUUCUCUUAGUUGUUACUUUUUAAAACGGUUUGUUCGCCUCUUCACCAUUAGCGGGUGGUGGGCCUCGAAUUUGCGAGCAUGUUUGUGUGCUAAAUUACAUUUUCAGAGAUGAUUGAAUCCUUAUUGUUCAUCUUGAAGUUUGUGAGAGUCAAUGUGUUCUCAUCAUGUUCCAUUUCUAUCCAUCCUCAACCUCUAAUAUAGAUCCAGUUCAAAAGAGUAAUUUGUUUUUUUCUGGUUUGUGCAAAAAAAUCUUUUGGCAACCUGAAGAUCCCUACGAAAUCAUGCUUGAAUAAAUUAUGUACAUGCUAAUGGAAACAAAAAUAAAUGUUUGAAUUUUG